AGGCAACAGCAGUAGACUCUCACACAGACACUCUGUCUCUCUCUCUACUGGAGCUUUGCUCACCACAACUCACAUUAACCAGGUCCAGUACUGUUCAGUUUAAGCUCUCCCCUGGGAAAAGAUGGAGACACCGGGUCAGAAGCGCAGCAGUCGUGGUGGGGCGUCGGGUCCCUCGCCUGCCCGAAUCACCCGCCUGCAGGAGAAGGAAGACCUGAGCAACCUCAACGACCGUCUGGCCGUCUACAUCGACAAGGUCCGUUCCCUGGAGCUGGAGAACGCCGGGCUGCGCAUGCGCAUCACCGAGUCCGAGACGGAGAUCAGCCGCGAGCUGAGCGGGAUGAAGGCCGCCUACGAAUCCGAGCUGGCCGACGCCCGCAAGACGCUCGACUCGGUCGCCAAGGAACGCGCCCGACUUCAGCUGGAGCUCGGCAAGGUGCGUGAGGACUACAAGGAGCUUAAAGCCAGAAACACCAAAAAAGAGGCGGAUUUGGAGAGCGCGCUCGCUCGGCUGAAGGACCUUGAGGCUCUGCUGAACUCGAAGGAUGCGUCGCUCUCCACCGCACUGGGAGAGAAACGCUCUCUGGAAGCCGAAGUCAGGGAUCUGAAGGCGCAGCUAGCCAAGCUGGAGGGCAGCCUGAGUGAUGCGAAGAAGCAACUUCAAGAUGAGAUGCUGAGAAGAGUGGAUGCUGAAAACCGCAUCCAGACCCUGAAAGAGGAGCUCGACUUCCAGAAGAACCUCUACAGUGAGGAGCUUCGUGAGUCAAAGAGGCGUCACGAGUCCCGUAUGGUGGAGAUUGACAGUGGGCGGCAGCAGGAGUUUGAAAGCAAGCUGGCUGAAGCCCUGUCUGAGCUGCGGGCUCAGCAUGAGGAGCAGUUGCGGAUCUACAAGGAGGAGAUCGAGAAGACCUACAAUGCCAAGCUGGAGAAUGCCCGUCAGUCUGCAGACAGGAACAGUCACCUGGUUGGCGCUGCCCACGAGGAGCUCCAGCAAACCCGUGUUAGACUGGAGAGCAUGUCUUCUCAGCUCUCCCAGCUCCAGAAGCAGCUGGCGGCUCGUGAGGCGAAGGUGAGGGAGCUGGAGGAGGCUCUGUCCCGGGAGAGGGACAUGAUGCGCCGACGUCUGGAUGAGAAGGAGAGAGAGAUGGUGGAGAUGAGACAGAGGAUGCAGCAGCAGCUGGAUGAGUACCAGGAGCUCCUGGACAUCAAACUGGCUCUGGACAUGGAGAUCAGCGCCUACAGGAAACUACUGGAGGGAGAGGAGGAAAGGCUGCGUCUGUCUCCCAGCCCGCCUCCUGUGCGUACGACUGUCACUCGUACCUCUGGCUCUGGCACGCACACGCACACGCGCAUUGUUCAGAGCAGCAGCAGCCGUAACUCCUCCGGCAGCGCCAAGAAACGCCGCCUGAACGACACGGACAGCGAGGCGUCCAGCGUGGUGGGAGGCACGGUGACCCGCACACGCAUCGCCCAGCAGGCCUCUGCCAGCGGCCGCAUCACCGUGGACGAGGUGGAUUUGGAGGGCAAGUACGUCCGCCUCAGCAACAAAGCUGACCAGGAUCAGUCUCUGGGUCACUGGCAAGUGAAGCGACAGGUUGGCUCCAGCACUCCCAUUGUUUACAAGUUCCCACCGAAAUUCACCCUCAAAGCCGGACAGUCUGUCACGAUCUGGGCAGCUGGGGCUGGUGGAACCCAUAACCCGCCGUCGGAUCUGGUGUGGAAGACUCAGAACUCCUGGGGCAGUGGAGACCUGUUCCAGACCACGCUCAUCAGCGCUAAUGGAGAGGAGAUGGCAAUGCGGAAAGUGACCCGUACGCUCUUCCAAGACGACGAGGAUGAGGAAAUGGCCGCUCAUAGUACUUGCGGCGACAGCGAGUAUAAUUUGCGCAGUCGUACGGUAAUUUGCGGCUCGUGCGGUCAGCCGUCUGAGCGGGGCGGCAGCAGCACUGUCUCCAGCGCCUCCCGCUCCUUCCACAGCAGCGGGGGCGGACUCCCCGAGGGCUUCGUAAGCCCCUCCCAUUUUCUGAUGGGCAGCGACAGGCCUCGGCAGACUGGGCCUAAACCGGAGAACUGCUCAAUCAUGUAAACGUGGAUGCAGGAAUUUUGUUCUCCCAGCCUAAUAAGUCCCGUUAUGACUGACUGGGAAACACCUA